UCCAGGCUUGGGGUAGUCUUCUUUCUCUACGCUCGCUCUGCGGGUUAUUGGUGCUUUUAAGGAAGAGUCCUGAAGCAGUUCCGAGGCUACGUUGAAACCAAGUGGAGUCUGGGGGGCGAACGAGCUGGGGGACUGUACAGACUGCUUUUCGGAGUCCAAGGGCCUGAGCUCCCAGAUCGCUGUGUUCUCCCUCCUUCCCCGCCCCGGAGUGGGAAUCGCCCGCGGCCACCGUCUCCGCUCCUCUCCCGACGCAGCCAGAUUCUCUAUUCUGCCCUUCCCUGUGAGGAGGAAGACCAGCUGAGUUUCAGGGACCUCUUUGCUCAGUCCAGAGCUGUGCCAUGGCAGAGACUGGGGAGGAGGAGACAGCAUCUCCAGAAGCCUCAGGGUUCUCAGACUUGAGUGAUUCAGAGUUCCUAGAGUUUCUGGAUCUGGAUGAUGAGUCAAGUGCUUCAGUUAGCAAGCCUGGUCCUUCUGAACUCCCUGAAAAGGAUGGCAAGUCUGUAAGCUUACAAAACUGGAAACGAGGAUUGGAUGUCUCUUCACCCAUGGAAAGAUUCCACUUAAAAUAUCUAUAUGUCACGGACCUAUCUACUCAGAACUGGUGUGAAUUACAAAUGGCAUUUGAAAAGGAGCUUCCUGAUUUUUUGACACCUGAGAAAGCAGCUGUUUUGGACACUGGUGCCAGCAUCCACCUAGCUAGAGAAUUAGAACUUCAUGAUCUUGUGACUGUUCCCAUCACCACUAAAGAAGAUAAUUGGGCAGUUAAGUUUCUGAAUAUACUAUCAAUGAUUCCUACCCUGCAAUCAGAAGGGUGCAUCAGAGAGUUUCCAGUGUUUGGGGAGGUGGAGGGUGUGUUUCUUGUUGGAGUGAUUGAUGAGUUGCACUAUACAGCCAAAGGGGAACUGGAACUGGCUGAACUCAAGACACGUAGGCGCCCCAUGCUCCCUCUGGAAGCUCAGAAAAAGAAAGACUGUUUUCAAGUUAGGCUAUACAAAUUUAUCUUUGAUGCCAUGGUGCAAGGGAAAGUAACCCCUGAGAUCCUAAUCCACCACACAAAAUUGUGUCCAGACAAGYCACUGGGGCCUUCAGUGCUGCGGCAUGCCYGGCAGGGAGGYUUUUCUGUGAAGUCUUUGGGUGACCUCAUGGAACUAGUCUUCUUGUCUCUCACGCUAUCUGACCUCCCAGUUAUUGAUAUUCUAAAGAUUGAAUAUAUCCAUCAAGAGACUGCCACUGCAUUAGGUACAGAGAUUGWAGCCUUUGAAGAGAAGGAGAUGAGAGAUAAGGUACAGCAUUAUAUGGCUUACUGGAUGGGCCACCGAGAGCCUCAAGGGGUUGAUGUGGAAGAGGCUUGGAAGUGCCGUACAUGCAACUAUGCAGACAUUUGUGAGUGGAGGAAGGGCAGUGGAGUGCUCAGCUCCACAAUGGAACCUCAAACCAAAAAAGCCAAAUGAAUAGAAGAAAUGUUGGUCUUUUCUGCUCCUAAUGAACCUGAAGGAAAGAGUACUCACUUCUGAGCAUGGCUUUCAUGGAUAUUGUUCUUAUUUUUUAAUAUUUCUACAACCUCUAAUCACAUUCAGUCCAGGACCAAGGUUCACAGCUGAGUAGGAGAGAUCUGGAGUUACAUUGUCUCUGAGCUUUGACAUGGAUUGCCAAGAGUAAAGAUGCUCAUCAUGGCUGGAGAAAAGGCAAUACCUUCAGCAAGCAUUGUUUU